AAUAAUGGCAUUUUCAAAUUUGAUAAGACCAAUUUUUUUUUUUUUAAAUGGUGUGGAAACAGGAAAACUCAAAAUGCGAUGCCAGCUUGUCAUAGACGACAGGAAAUAGCAAAAAUAGGAAAAGCGGUCCUUAUUUUUCCCACCCUUUGAAUCCCUUCUUCUCUGUUUUCACAAAACCAUCUCAGAAAAUUUUAUUAUUACUACCACUUCAAAUCAACCAAUAAUCCUCAUUCUUGAAUUGUAAUUUACAAGUUGAUCAAAUAGGAGAUACUCAUUAGAGCUGUGAUAGAAAGGAUCAAUAAAGAUUGUUUUGGGAAUGGCUUGUCGAGGAUGCUUAGAGUGCUUGUUGAAGCUCUUGAACUUUUUGAUGACUCUUGCUGGUUUGGCAAUGGUUGGAUACGGGAUCUAUUUGUUUGUUGAGUACAAAAAUGCUGCCGAUACUGCAAUGCUUUUGUCACCUGUUGGUAGUGAUCGAGAUUUGAUACAGUUUGGUCGCCCCAUGCUCAUGGCUGUGUCUCUUUCGUCUAGUAUUUUUGAUAAUCUGCCAAAAGCAUGGUUUUUAUAUUUAUUUAUUGGAGUAGGGGCGGUUCUCUUUGUUAUCUCUUGUUUUGGUUGUAUUGGAGCUGCAACGCGGAAUAUAUGCUGCUUGACUUGUUAUUCAGUUUUGGUGAUCUUGCUGAUCUUGGUGGAGCUGGGAUGUGCAGCUUUCAUAUUCUUUGACAAAAACUGGAAAGAUGAACUUCCUACGGAUAAAACUGGAGAUUUUGAUAUGAUAUACGACUUUCUGGAAGAAAACUGGACUAUUAUCAAGUGGGCUGCUCUUGGAAUUGUUAUCUUAGAGGCUCUUAUUUUCUUGUUAGCCCUUAUGGUUAGGGCUGCCAACAGACCUGCUGAUUAUGACAGUGAUGACGAGUUUAUUGCACCAAGGUCACAAAUCAGACAGCCUUUGAUCAACAGGCCACCAGCUCCAGCUGCAGGUGUACCUGUUGUUCCCAGCCUUGAACAACGGCCCAGCAGAAAUGAUGCUUGGAGUACACGUAUGAGGGAAAAGUAUGGGCUGGAUACAUCGGAGUUCACCUACAGCCCCUCGGAGUCAAACAGGUAUCAGCCGGUGGCCCCACAACCAGCAGAAGAAAGGAGCCGAUGCACCAUUAUGUGAUUAUAUUUCUGGGUUUCAUGUAAAUCUUAUUUGGUUGGCUUCUGAAGAAGAUUGCAUGGACGAUGGAGUGAUAGGUUCAGAUUUCUAAGAUGACAGUUGUGUUUCUUUUUCCUUGUGGAGUUUGUGUACAAUACACAAUUUUCAGGAGCUUCACUGUUCCCUCACUUAGUUGGUUUCCUUAAGAGAACAAAUUACAAGUGUCUUCCAAAUGCUUAACCAUUUUGUGUGUAAAA